AUGGAUCUGGCUGUGAACUUUUUGGAUCGACACCUCUUCACUAAGUACAGUAUUUAUCCAAACGACUGGAGCGAAGACUACUGGCUACGCCAGUGUAUCACGGUGUAUCUCUUCUUGUACGUCGGUGCCAUGUUGAGUUAUUUUACUCUAUGCACCGUCAAUUUUGUCUUCAUUUUUGAUCACAAAUUGAUGGAGCACUCGCUGUUUCUGAAGAACCAAAUCCCCCGCGAGAUCAAGCAAUCUGUUACAGGGGGUUGUGUACACGUGUUCUAUGCAUUAUUCAUUGUCGUCCCCGAGGUACGAGGUUGUGGAAAGUUGUACACGCUUGAGGAAGUUCAAGCCGAAGGAUUUGAAGGAAUGUUGUUGAUCAUACGUGACGUCAUCGGAUUGAUACUAUUCAGCGACUGUUUGAUCUACUGGAUUCAUCGCUUGUUACACCAUCGUUUCAUCUACCGCCACGUCCACAAGCAGCACCAUGUUUGGAAGAUACCCACGCCCUUCGCGAGUUAUGCCUUUCACCCAUUGGACGGUUUCCUGCAGAGCUUACCCUAUCACGUGUACCCAUUCAUCUUCCCGCUCAACAAGCACGCCUACCUGGUGCUGUUCUUCCUGGUGAACGUGUGGACCAUCAGUAUCCACGACGGUGACUACCGGGUACCUGCCAUUCUCAGACCGUUCAUCAAUGGCUCGGCACACCACACCGAUCACCAUCUGUUUUACAAUUACAACUACGGCCAGUACUUCACGUUGUGGGAUCGUAUCGGUUGCUCAUACAGGACACCAUCCGUUUUGGAGGAAGAGGCGGGAAAGAUACCGAGCAAGGUUAAACAAAUUAAAAAACACACAAACUGA